AUGGCCCUGGGCCGAUGCCCGGUGGAGAUGGAUGGGUGCUACCGCGCCCUUACACACGUGCCCUCGAGAUCUCCAGCCCCUGAGGCCUCACUGCUCAUGCCGCGCCCUACAGUGAAGACCCUGACUGGCAAGGCCAUCACCCUUAAGGUUGAGCUCAGUGAUGCCAUUGAGAAAGUCAAAGCUAAAAUCCAAGAAAAGAAGGAUAGCACCUUGUACUUGAUGCUUCAUCUGUGGGAUGGCAUCAUCGAACCCUCCUUCCACCAGCUUGCCCAGAAGUACAAAUGCAACAAGAUGAUCUACCAAAUGUGUUACAUUCAGUUGUAUCCUCACGCUAUCAACUGCCACAAAAAUAAGUGCAGCCACCAAAACAACCUGUGCCCCAAGAAGGUUAAAUAA